UCUCCAUCUGCCUGCCUGCCUGCCUGGCUUCGAUCACACUCGCUCGUUCCACAACACCUCUCCACAGCCAUGCUCCUCUUCGCUUUCUUGCCGCUGCUCGCCAGCUUGGGAGAUGCCUUGCCACAGGAGGACUGCUCGACCACAACCAAGCAAGUAAUCGUUCCCACGAGAACCGCAACAUACACAUCAACAGUCGUCGUUACAGAACGGCCUUCGACUGCCAGGAACUUAGGCACCUUCACUUUGUGGACUACCAUCUCUUCAACCAAGACUCUCCAGACGCUGACAAGCACCGAGACGACCUGCGGCGAGACUGGUGUCGUGUAAGUGUGGGUAACGUCAGGUCUGGAGAAUGAGUCUCUAACACUCAGAUAGGACGAUACCGGCAUCGGUAAUCACAGUCUAUGGCAGCGAGGAUGUUGCCAAGCGCUCUGCGCCAUCAUCAAAUCCAGCUCUUGCCAAGGAGAAGCGAGCUCUUGGAUUGAAGCCAAGGGCUUGCGUGGUGACCGAGACUUCGUACACCACAUACGGGCAGACAUACACCUACAUCCCAGCUAGCCAAACGAGCACCUUCUUCGACUAUACCGCUUUCAGCCAGGCCACGGUGACGAGCACUAGAUCUGGAGUCACGGGCACUGCCUACGCGAUAGCAACGACCCACGAGACGAGCACGGUAAUGUGCGGCCCGACGACAAGCACAUCAACCGCGUCGACUUCUACUGUCUCGAUGGAUGCGAAGUGUUCGCCAGCUGCCAUGACGAGUGCUUACAAUGG